UGUCUCUUUGUUUCUGAGCCUCAGCCUGGGGUUUCAAGUCAGAAAGACAUGGUUCAAAUUCAGCCACCUCAACUCACAACCUCAGGAAAUUAUCCCAUUGCACUUUCUCCCUCUUAUACAAUUUAAUUCUUUGAACCAAGAAUACAGCCUCACAGUUUAAAAUUCAAGAAGUUUAAAGGAAAGGAAAAACCAGUUCCCCUGCCAUCCCUCCUCCCUCCCCCCACACACUAGACAUCCAUUUCCCUGACUCACGGGCAAGCAGCUAUUGUUUUUCAAUUCUUAAGUAUCUUUCCAGAGGUUUUUAAAAAAUGCAUUCAUGGAUGUGUUUUUUUUUUUUUUUUUGUCUUCCCUUUUACAUACAAAUGGCAAUGCAGUUGGUUUUGCACCUUGCUUUGCUUUUUGCAGGAGAUCUGGGAGCCAGUGUGCACCCAGUAUCUACAUCAGAGCUGAGGCAGUGCUGGCCAGAGGUUAGACCCCCAGUCCAUUCUCAUCUUAAAAUACUAUCACGUCAGUCUAUUCCAAACAAAAGCAGCAGCCUCCCCUUCUCCCACUCUGUGGCUGCCUGCAGAAGAAGUGCACUGGGACUGCUGCCUAGGUAAAAUUAGGGAGAGAAAUUGCAGGGCCAGAAAUGCAGUGACCCAAACUGAUCAUUUCCAGUAAAACAAAGACCCCCAGAGAUUUCUGUCAGUCAUAAUCAGCACCGUGGAGAGCACCCACUCUCCUGGAAAUCACAGAAGCUGGAGUCAGUGACCUUGGAAAAUCCAGGGUCUGAGUUUAUUAACCCCAGAGUGUCUGAGGGGUCGGCAGUGAGACCUGGCAAGGGUUGGGCAGCUUUUUGCCCCCAUUCUUUGUUGCCAACCUUGAUGCCAAAGAGGCAUGAGAAGGAAGUCUCCUGCAUACAGAGCACUGAAACAGGGACUAUGAGAAGUUAGAGCUGACUCUCUAAAGGGACAGUGAUCACCCUGUCACUGGGAAACUUGCAAGCUGCCACCAGCAGCGUAAAAGCAGGGUUUCCCCAUUUCUCAGAUGAGGCCAGUACCAGAGUGCAGACUGACAACCCUUCCUGUCUGGCUUUUGAUAGGGCGGGGCAGAUGGGACGUCUCCAUUGGCUCACACCACACUCAGAGUUACAUCUAAAGGCUUCCACGAUGGCCCAAUAGGCCCUGAGUGAUACCACUUCCCACUUCCCCCACCUCACCUUCUGCUACUCUCCACUUGCUCACUAGACCUGAGCCACACCAGCCCCUCACUGUUACUUUCGACACGUGCCUCACCCGCUCCUGCCACACUACGGGGAAUUUGCACUUGUUCCCUCUGCCUUGUUGCACUCCGCCUGGAAUGGGUCCCCCCUCCACACUCUACCCCCACAGAACUGCAGGACCUGCUUCCCUCUCCUCAUCUGGGCCCUUUCCAUAUCUCCAGACACGCCUUUUACCCUUUUGCUCUUCAACGCUUUGCCUCACUUUAUUUCUCUUCACAGCAGCUACUGCCACCUGAAUUGAUUUAUUUAUCUUUGCUCAAUGUCCAUCUCCCCAGCCCAGAAUGCAAGCCCUUCAAGGGGCUCUGGCAGAGCUCAGCACACAGCAGAGGGAAGUCUGGAGCCACAGAUAGAGGACCUGAUUAACCGGAUUAACGAGCUUCAGCAAGCAAAGAAGAAAUCCAGUGAGGAACUGAGAGAGACCCACACUCUCUGGGAGGCCCUGCAUAGGGAAUUAGACUCCUUGAAUGGAGAGAAAGUGCACCUAGAGGAGGUCUUGAGCAAAAAGCAAGAGGCACUCAGGAUCCUCCAGAUGCACUGCCAAGAGAAGGAAAGUGAGGCUCGGAGGUUGGAUGUCAAAGGACAGCUGGAGGAUCUGACGGGCCAGCACAAGGACCUCUGGGAAUUCCACAUGCUGGAGCAGCGACUGGCCCGGGAGAUCCGUGCCCUGGAGAGGAGCAAGGAGCAGCUGCUCUCGGAGAGGAGGCUGGUGCGCGCCAAGCUGCGGGACGUGGAGCGGCGGCUGAGCUCGCCGCCUGAGGUCGAGGGCGCCAGGGCGGUGAAUGACGGGCUGAAGGCGGAGCUAGAGAUAUUCGGGGAGCAGGUCCAGAGCGCCCCCGAGGUCGGGGCCGGCGAGGGAGAGGCCGGACCUGAGCUCCCCCGCCCCCGCGACGAGGCGGAUCCGGAGCCGCCGGUGGCUGCCCCUGACGCCCCCUAGGCCAGCAGGACCCGCCCGGUCCCCGCCCUCCCUCGAGACCGGCCAAGAAAUAAAGGCGAUAAUUUCCGACCGUGCCUGCGUUCUCCCCGGAGUCUGUGCUUCACGGUGGAGAGGGGAGGGGCGUCCUGGGGUCUCGAGGCGGGGCCUCUGCCUGACCCCGCCCUCCAGUCAAGCCCCAGGCGCCAGAGGCUCGGUAAAUGCUCCUGAGCUCAGAGAGAGUAAAGUGGGUGUCAGGACCCCCCGCCCCACAGCCUCAUCUCGAGUUCCCAAAUCUGUGUUGUCAACAGGGGCUAGAGGGCACGUGUUAACCCAUUCUGGUCCUCAGGGUCUGUGUGUCUCCGGUGGUCUCAGGAAACCCAGAGUCUCUGCAAGACCCACAGACUCGCGCUAGCUCUGGGACGUGUCCGCCCAUCUGAGCUCCUCUCACACAUUGGAUUCUAGCCAAGGCUGCCUCUCCACCCUUCUCAAACACUCCAAACACGUGUCCCUUCCGGGCCUUUGCCCUGCUGGUCCUCGUCUGGGGUCACAUCCCCUAGGCCACCUCAGAUCUGUUAAAUGUGUCCGCCACUCCGGAGGCCAGCCUUGGGAACUCAACUCCAAAGGCACCCGGCACCAGGCUGCUGCCAUUGACCGAGCAUGUAGUGACUAAGCAGGCAUUUGCCGAUUGCCUGCUGGGUACCAGGCACUGUUGUAAGCCCUGGAUUUUAAACAGCGCGGUUAGCGAAGCCUCACCUAGAAAGUGGUAUCUGAGCGGAGAAGUGAGGUAGCAAAGGAGGGAGUGAGCCCUGUGGGUGUUUGGGGAAAGGUGCGCCUGGCAGAAGACAUACCUCAUGCCAAGGCCUGGAGGUGAGGCUGCACUUCGCUGUGUUUGAGGAGCCGUCUGGAGGAGGCCUGCGUGGUGGAGUGGAAUGAGGUAGAGUGGGGUGGGAGACGACACUGGAGAGUUGCCAGGGACCAGUCAAGUUGGGCAUUAUCUAAUGUGUGUAGAAGAGGACCUGGUACACAGUAUUCAGUGAAUGUCAACUCUCACAUACUGUUGUGAUGAUUCACUAUUCCCAGUGCCUAGAGAAUGGGAACUGAGACCUGUGACUCACUUAAAUCAGGGCUUCUGUCCAUUAAGUGAUCAGUAAGUGGUUCAUAUGAUUUAUUAUUAUUAUUAUUCUCAGGCUACAGAUGAGGAACACCAAGGUGUGUAUAUCUCUCAGAACAGAGAUUUUUAUACAGUAAAUGCUCAAUAAAUGGUAUCUAUCAUUAAUUUUU